AUGUCGUACUACGACACUCGAGAUAGUCGGGGUUACCGGGUCAAGCGCGAUCGAUACUCCCGCCCAGGUGGCGGCUACGUCGAGGAAACCUAUGUGGACAACCGGGGCGGCUAUGGCCGUGAAAUGGACCUCGUCCGCCGUCGCGACAGUCAAGAGUCUGUCGUCGAAGAGGUGACGAGGGAUUUUCCUCCUGGCGAGCCCUAUUACGGCUAUCCAAGACCCCGCCGCACUAUGUCGGUUCGUGAGGGUGCGCGCCGAGCACGCUCUGCUGGCCGUGAUCCCUAUUACGAUGAGGAGUAUUAUCGCCGCGAAGACUAUGCGCCCCGCAAGUCCAAACGCUACCGAGAUGACCGCCACCGCCACGACCGACGAUCGUCAUAUUCUUCUUCACGUAGCCCAUCGCCACGUCCCCGCAGACGCAAGUCUCUGGGAGAACAGGCACUGGGUGCUAUUGGAGGAGCCCUUGGAGUCAAAGCCGCCCGUGAUCGUUCUCGCUCUCGCUCUAAAGACCGAUACGAAGACCGCGGCCGUUCUCGUCGCUACCGCUCAUACUCCGACUCUCGCUCCCGCAGUCGAGGCGGUCGCCGCGCCAAAAGUGAAGCUCGUGUGGCCCAAGCUGUCAAGGCUGCCCUCGCUGCUGGUGCUGCAGAAGCCUUCCGUGCUCGUAAAGAUCCCGGUCCGUGGACUGGCGAUAAAGGCAAGCGCAUUCUCACAGCUGCCAUCACGGCUGGAGGCGUUGAUGGCCUGAUUGAUCGUGACCCCAACAAACACGGCGGCCGCCAUGUGGUUGAAUCGAUUCUCGCUGGCAUGGCUACAAAUCAUCUCGUCAACGGUCGACGGUCAGGAUCGCGGUCGGGUGCUCGUGGCCAAAGCCGAGGGCGCUCCCAGAGCCAAGGCGGCGGAAUCAAAGAUAUGGCUGCAGCCGGUGUUCUUGCUGCCGCGGGCAAACAAGUCUACGACCGAGUUCGCUCUAAGUCCCGAGGUCGCAGCCGCUCCGACUCACGCGAUGGCUACGAUGACCGCGGUCACGGUGACUCCAAGAAGCGAGGCUCUAGCGUAUCUCGCGCUAUCAACAAAGGGUUGGCGGCCCUGGGGUUAGAUGACAAGAAUAAGGAUGAUCGUCGGCAGGAGCGAUCUUCGCGGUAUUCUGAUUACUCUGAUUCCGGAGACGAGAGCUCGUAUCGUUCGUCAAGGCAUCGAUACAAGGCUUCUCGAGAUGUAAGAUCCCAGCAAGCUGGUUCUAAUACCUCUUCUCGUGCUUUAGCAAACCGAGCGGCGUCUUCUAAUGGCAACGUUGACUGCCAUAGUGAUUGUGAUAGACUAGCAGCUGUGGCGACAAUUCAUGCCGCACACAGUGUGGUUAAGAAUUUCGAAGCUCAGAAAAGACGACGACAAGAAGUGAAGGAGGGAGCGAUUACCAAAGAACAAGAAUCUAAAAUGCGCAUGAAAGCAAAUCUGAAAAGCGCCGCGUCUAUCGGCCUGGCCGGUCUCGGUAUCAAGGGUGCUAUCGGCGAAUGGAAGGAAGUGGACGAGCAGAGAAAAGAACACAAGGAAUUUCUGCGUAAGUGCAAGGAGCGACAUGAAAAACGAGUGAUGAAGCGCAAUGGAAGUAUGAAUACAUCGGGGUCGGGGUCUUCGCGACGCAGCCAGUCGUUGGGUACCGGUGCAGCUAGGAUGAAUGUGAAUGACUAUGAGAAUGGGCAUGGCGGGUCACACUAUUACCAUGAUGAGAACCCAUACAAUGCGGGAUACUCUUUUGAUUAUUAG